AUGGAGAGAAGUCAGGAAAGAAAUGGUGGUGAGGGGGUGGCAGGACGGGAGCCAGGUGGUGAGGGGCUAAGGCUGAGGAGGGAGAUUGGUUUGUGGAGUGCCGUGUCCCUGAUGGCUGGCUGUAUGAUUGGCUCUGGCGUCUUCAUGUCACCACAGGGGGUCUUGGUCUACAUGGGCAGCCCUGGAGCCAGUCUUGUGGUCUGGGCAGGCUGUGGCCUCCUGGCCAUGAUGGGUGCCCUGUGCUAUGCUGAGCUGAGUGCCCUGGUUCCCAAAUCUGGAGGGGAGUAUGCCUACAUCCUGCAAAUCUUUGGCUCUUUGCCAGCCUUCCUGGUUAUCUACACAUUUGUGUUGCUGGUCAGACCAGCUGCCAUUGCUGCCGUCUCCCUGAGCUUCGCUGAGUAUGCCGUGACCCCCUUUUACCCUGGCUGCUCCUCGAUGCCCCAGGCUGUGCUCAAGGGUGUGGCUGCCUCCUGCAUCCUGCUGCUGACGCUGGUCAACUGUUGGAGCUCACGGCUGGCCACCAUGCUGGUGAACGUGUGCGCCGUCGCCAAAGUGUUCUCGUUGCUGGUCAUCGUGGUGGGUGGGGCCGUGGUGCUGGGCCAGGGCCGGGGCCACACGGAAACCUUUUUGCUUGCCUUCCACAACACAACACAGCAGGCUGGGCGCAUUGGCAUGGCCUUUUACCAGGGCAUGUGGUCCUUCGAUGGCUGGAAUAACGUCAACUAUGUGGUGGAAGAGCUCAAGAAUCCAAAGCAGAACCUGGUGUGGGCAGUGAUGAUCGCCAUCCCCCUGGUCACCAGCUUGUACCUCCUGGUCAACAUCAGUUACCUGCUAGUGUUGUCGCCCAACGAGAUCCUUUCCUCUGAUGCUAUGGCUGUGAGCUGGGGGAACCAGGUGCUGGGGGCCUGGGCCUGGCUGGUACCGUUGGCUGUCGUACUCUCGACAUUUGGCUCUGCCAAUGGGAUGUUCUUCGGUGGAAGUCGUGUGUGCUAUGUGGCUGCGAGAGAAGGCCACAUGCCCCAACUUCUGUCCAUGGUUCAUGUGCAUCGCCUCACACCAACUCCGGCCCUGAUGUUUACCACGGCAGUGGCUUUGGUCCUGGUCAUCCCAGGAAGCUUCAGCACCAUCGUGAACUUCUUGAGCUUCCUUGGCUGGAUCACCUAUGGAACCACCAUUGGCUGUCUCUUGUACUUGCGGAUAAAGAAGAAGAAUCUUCCUCGACCUUACAAGGUCCCCACCAUCAUCCCUGUCAUCAUGCUCCUUGCUUCUCUCUACCUGGUGCUGGCGCCCAUUAUCGACCAACCCCAGAUUGAGUUCCUGUACAUCUUCCUGUUCCUGCUCAGUGGCAUCCCGGUCUAUUUCCUGUUUGUCUAUUUCCAGUGCCAGCCCAGGUGUUUGCAGAUGGCCACCCUGUAUCUCCAGCUGCUCCUGGAAGUUGCUCCAACCACUAAAAAUGUUGACUAA